AAAAUUAAAAUUAAUCAUGGUGGUGAACAAGUUGAUAGUGGGAAUGACCCCAACCACAUUAAUUUUGUCGCUGGUCGUAUUUUGGAGUAAAAUAUGUUGGAGUUCUCAAGAAACUGCCAACCUCCAACAAGAACAAACCCGUAUACUGAACCAGCUGUUGGAGAAGUACGAUCACCGAAUCAUACCCUACAACAACAAUCGAACUGAUGGAUUUGAUUACGUGGAUAUCACUGUAAACUGGCUGCUGUUACACAUCUCAGGGAUAUCCGACUACGACAUGGACUUUAGUAUGCAAAUCAUGUUUAAUCUAGAAUGGGUGGAUGGAAGACUGAAAUACGAGGAUAACGGAAUUAUAGAGUAUUUAACUUUGACUGACACGUCGAAAGUUUGGGUACCGGAUGUUUUCUUCGCAAACGAGAAGGAUGGCCAUCAACACAGAUUGGCGGCACCCAAUAUUUUCUACCGAAUUUAUCCUUCGGGAAAAGUGGUUUACAGCACCAGGUUGUCAUUAACUAUGUGGUGUUAUAUGAAUCUUGAGAACUUUCCUUUCGACGACCAGGUCUGCGGUGUAAGGUUCGCCAGUUACGCUUACGUUACAAGUGACUUUGUUCUGCAUUGGAAGAAGGACAGUCCUAUUGCUAAAUCGAAGGAGGUCGGAAGAGUGAUGGGGUUCACGAUGAGUAAAUUUCUCACCUCCACUUGCCAUUCGAAGACAUCUACAGGGGAGUACACCUGCUUAAAGGCGGAGUUCCUCUUUAGGAGGAAUCUGGAAUACUACGUUCUACAUACGUUCCUGCCCACCGCUCUCCUGGUGAUCGUGUCCUGGGCGUCCUUCUGGAUAGACCGGCAGCAGAUCCUGGCUCGCAUCCUCCUAGUAUUGUCCACCCUUUUCGCCAUGAGCUCCUUCUCUACAGACAUCGAUUCCUCUGUACCGAAUGUUCCGUAUGUGAAAGCCAUGGAUGUGUGGGUCGGGACCUGCUUCAUUUUUCUGCUCUUGGCCUUGCUCGAGUUUGCUAUCGUCAGCUCCGUAGGAUCGUCAGAGUAUAACGCAGAUUCCAAAGCUGAGGAAGGAUCCGAUCACGUAGUCCAGAAUGCCAACAGCAGCCAAGAUUCUGAAGCUCAGGACAGAUCAUCCUCCAAGAGAGCGUUUUUACAGGCCUACAAGGCGCUUCGUGUACCCAAAGAUUCCGGACGCAUAGACUCGGUCGCUAGAAUUCUCUUUCCAGCAGCUUUUUUCACGUUUGUUUUUAUAUACGUCAUGGUUUAUUGGAUAUGUGUGUGACGAUUGAAUUACAACUUGAAUUAGAACUCAAGUAGCUGUAAGUUUAACUGCUGCCUUAUACAUAAGACAGUUACCUUGAAGUUAGUUAAUUAUAUAUUGUUUUAUUUUUUUGAAA